GUCAGACCCUGACCUCGGGGACCUGGGCUGUGGCAGCUGAGUGCCCGUCUGCAGGUGAGGAGGGAGCAUUCCCUCCUGACAGACCGGCUAAGGCGAGAGACCUCUGGGCCCUGGUCUCCCAGGCCCCCAGUGUACCCGCACCGAGGACUGGCUUCUGCUCAGCCCCCGGGCGGCUGUUCAGUGCCUCACUCUUGAAUAUGAGCAGUGGUCUCCAGACGCUUGAGAAAAGCUUCUGAGAGGAAAGACAGUCACUGUGUAAGCAGGAAAAAGGGCGUCGAUACAGAAGAAUGUGUAUGAAAACAAAGACUGAGUCAUGAGGUCCUCUGGGGUAAGAGGAGAAAGAGUUCUUGAUUAAUGAAAUUUUGAUAGCGGAAAUGAAUAAUGCAACGAGCAUUUUAAAAAAUAAAGUUCAGGAAACCUUCCCCAAAGGCACAGAAGAGGAGAGAUAAGAAAAAUAGAGGUUCUUCCAGGAAGCUCAGUAUCUAAGAGCACUUCCGGGACAGGACGGAGGACAGGGAGGCCAGGACAUUGUCAAGGAAAAAUAAAAGACAUGUCCCAGAACUGAGGGACAUAAGCGUACCCGAUGGACUCCACCCCAUCCAUCCUGCUGAGACCCUGGAUGCUUGAAGGGAGGGUGCCUCGGGAGGAGGAGACAAGCGUCCUGCAUGCAGUGGGGAGUCAGGUGGCUGCAGACCUCUUGGCACCGGCACUGGGAGUUAGAAGGCAGUGCAGGGCCAUCGCCAUCACCUGCCACCCACACACAGCCAGACUUCCAGCCAGGAGCAAGGGCCCAGGGAAAACUCUUGCAGACAACCAAAGCCUUGUUAAAUGUGCUUCUUUGCGAUUGUUCUCAGGAAGAUGCUGGAGAAUGUGCUCCUCAAAACCAGAGGAAAGCUGGGGAAGCGCCGCCUUGAGGAUGGACCCGGCAGACCCUCCUGGCGACCCCGCUGCCGGCGACCCCGCCGCUGGAGACACAGACCCCGCUGGCCACUCCACUGGCAGCGAGCGCCGUUGCACAGGCCAGGACCCACUCCUGUUCCGGCAGGCCCUGCAGAAACUGUGGUCCACGCGAGAGCUGCGGCAGCUCCGGGAAGAGGCCUGGCGGGGGUUUGCUGCCCUGGAUGACCCACUGACCGGACUCCUGGACAUGCUGGAAGGCAGCCAGGCCUGGCAGCGGAAGGGCCCCUCCCUGGAGGCCUGGGUAGUCUGUGAGCUGCACCGCUGGCUGCAGGCACGGCCACUCCCUGCGCCGGCCCAGCCCAGCUCAAGGCUGCAACAGCUACAGGCCCGUGCAGUCAGGGUCCUCGCCAGGAGCCCCCCUAGUCUCGUGGAGCCACUGGUCAGCAUCUUCCAGCUGCAGGACGCAGACCGGAGCCCCCUGCUGACUCACAUCCACCAGCUCCACCAGGAGGGCAAGUUCAAAGAAGCUGUCGUGCUGGGCUCCAGGCUGAAGUUGCAGCCAGCACUUGAUGUUGAAAAGAUGUGCACCCCACUGCUCCUCCAGGACAGAGUGAGCCUCGUGGAGCGUUAUGUGGCCGGCUUCCCGGACCUCCAGAGGAGGCUGCUGGCCCUCCUGGACUCCUGGUGCCGGCCCGGCUUUGACAUCGGAGUUGUUGCCAGGCAGCACCCACAGGUGACCUCGAGGCUGGAGAGGCUGAGUCCCAGAGUGCUAAGUCGGCGGGUCCUGAGCCAGCUGGAGCCGCUGGGCCUGGACCCGGCUCUGUGUCCCAACGCUGCCACUCAGCAGCGCCUGGCCGCCCUGCGCUACCUGUGCUACAAGCGGUUUGUGGAGAGAAGUAUGUCUCAGGAGAACUGGGUGGACCACGUGCAGGGCCUGGUGGGCCGGGAGGAGCGGCCCCGAGAGAUGGUGUUGCAGCUGCUGGCCUCCCCCGACAACGAGGCCGUGGCCGCGCAGUGCGCCCUGGGCCUCUCGGUGCCCGAGGAGCAGCUGCCAGCCACGGUGGCCGCCGAGCUCCGCCGGCUCCAACUCCAGGAGAGGGUGGCCAGGACGCCUUCGGAGGACAGGAAGGGUGAUUAUUACCAGCUGCCCAUCGCCAGGGAGGACAUCCACUUCCUGGCCUCUUGGGAGGACUUGGCCAGGCAUGAGGAGGCAUUGCUACAGGCCGGCCAGGUGGUCGGGGUAGACGUGGAGUGGAGACCCUCGUUUGGCACGGGGGGCCGGCCCCAGGCAUCACUCAUGCAGUUGGCGGUGGAGGGCCGCGUGUUCCUGCUGGACCUGCCUAUGCUCUCGCGGCCGGCGGGAGGGCAGGUGUCGAAGGCCUUCUCCAGGCUGGUGUCCCGGCUGCUCUCGGACCCCUCCAUCACGAAACUGGGUUAUGGGCUGGCGGGGGACCUUCGGAGCCUGGGUGCUUCCUGCCCGGCCCUGGCGCACGUGGAGAAGCAGCUGUGGGGCGGCCUGGACCUGCUGUGGGUACACAGGCAGAUGCGGGUGGCGAACAUGCCAGCUGGAGGCAUGUAUGAGGCCAGGGGGCUGCGGGGCCUCAGCCUCCUGGCACAGCAGGUCCUGGGCAAGCCCCUCGACAAGACGCAGCAGCUCUCUAACUGGGAUCGGCGGCCGCUGAGCGAGGGGCAGCUGGUUUACGCAGCCGCUGACGCCUACUGCCUGCUGGAGGUGUACCAGGCGCUGAGCAGAGAGCCUGCCAGCUUCUCCCUGUCUGAGGACCUGGCCAGGAGCCUGCAGCCAGGGUGCAGUGAGAGACCCGGGGCCCGGGAGCCGCCCCGCCUGCAGGAGGCCUCAGCCCUGCCUUGGCAGGUGCCUGCGGCCGAGCGCGAGGACGCCGCUCCAGAGGUCCCGGCCAGGGCCUUCCGCGUGGUGUGCGACAACAUGCUGCAGGGGCUGGCAAGGAGCCUCCGCUGCUUGGGCGCGGACGUGCGCGUGCUGGGCACCAACGAGGACCACCGAAGGGCAGCUGAGGUUCAUGGUGAUAAAACUCAACACACAACUCACCCAUCAGAGUGUACAGUUCAGUGGCUUUUUGUACAUCCACAGUGUUGUGGGACCAGAACCACAACUGUCACCCCCCCCCCCCAGCCCCACCCCUGGCCCCUGGCCAUCCUGUGUCUGUCCCCGGGGGGUCUGGCCAUCCCGUGUCUGGCCCGGGGGGUCUGGCCAUCCCGUGUCUGGCCCCUGGCCCCUGGCCAUCCCGUGUCUGGCCCCGGGGGGUCUGGCCAUCCCGUGUCUGUUCCCAGGGGGCGGGGGAGGCUGUUCUGGAGUCUGGCUGUGCUCACUCGGCACGUUUUCCGGGUUCAUCUAUGUUCUCGUAUGUGCCGUUGCUUCCUUCCUUUCUACAACCAAAUAGUGUCCUGUUGUGUGAAUGGAUGGUCACCUGGGCUGCUCCCGGUCACGCUGCUGUAGGGGAGCACAAACAUGGUGGUAAUGUAGUUGUCCGUGAAUCGUGGUUUCUUUUGUGCCUUUGCAAACGUCCUUCUGGGAACGGGUCCCCAGGCUCACUGGAUGGCUGGCUGCAGCACGGAGCCCGUGGCGGCCCUGAGACGGCAGGGCACUGGGCUCUGUCUGUGGCCCGGGAGCCCCAGAGCAAGCAGCCACCAUGAUUGCCUGUAUAUGAUGUGCUGGGUCCGGGCAGGGCCGGCCGUUCGUGGCUCAGCCCCCCGACACAUCCAGCACUUGUGGGUGGCUAUUCUUGGUGUCACCCCCCCCACACACACAAUGAGGAAGCUGAGGCCAGAAGAAUGGAGCCUGCCCCAGGCUGCCUGCCCCUGCCGUUCGUGAGGGGUUGGUGGCGCUCUCCCCCAUCUCUAGCCCCUCAUCGGCCACUUCUCCCAGGGGCCUGUCCUGGCGUUGGCCCUGGCCACCGUCCCUGUAGAAAACACCUGUUUCCCAGCUACGGCUGCUUUUAGCCCGUGGGGUGCCAAGACCAAGGUGGCCAGCCUGGCUUCUCGGGGACUCCAGACCACACGUCAUCGGUCAAGGAAUUCAUGAGCCAGUGGGACGGUGUCUUCCCACCAGCCCCCCAGAGAGCGUGUGGUCGCCAGCAAAUGGGAGACAGGGUUUGGCUCCCGUGUUCCUUAAACACCCCUGUUACACCUGUGCUUUUUUAUAUUGUGUGACAAAAGGGAUUUAAAGAUGUAAUUUACUGAUCAGCUUGCAGUCAGUCCGUAA